AAUAAAGUAAUUCUACAUAUUUAUUUCAUAGUUAUGUCAUUGUGUAACCAUUCGACUUCGUCACGAAUAGGAAUUCCCGUCUCUAAAAAUAGAACAUUUUACUUGGGAUGUAAACAGACGACAACUGUCAAAAUCAGUGUUAAACAAUGGCGACAAGUAAAAAGGAACGGGAACAAAAAUUUUCGUUGGACGAUUGUUUAAUCCUUUGUAAUUUAAUGGCUGAAGGAAGUGGCAUCAGCGGAUUAACCAACCAUGAGCUACUGAAACAUAGAUUUACAGAAGGAAUAACUAGCCAAACAAAAAAGAAGAUGUGGACAAGAGUGUCGGACUUGUACAAUGGAAAAGCCAGCAAGUCUAGAUCUGCUGACAAUCUAGAAAAAAAAUGGGUGAACCUGGUGGCCAAGCACAGAAUAAUAUAUACGGAUCACGUGAGAGACCGUGCACUGACUGGAGGAGGUUGUUUGCAAAAAACUCUGGACAUCGUGACAGAGGCGGUCAUGAAUGUAAUUGGAAUUGAGUCGCCUUCAAUCGCUGGUGCUGCAGGCGUGGCACUUGACUCCAGCUUCAGUCUAUUGGAGUCAUUUUCAGCUGCCGCAAUACCUUCCCAUACAGUAACACAAUACUUGGAAGUGGUGGCAGGGCCAAGUGAAUCGGUGGAUUAUGGUAGCAGAUGUAACUGCAGCUGUCACGGAAACGACCAACUACAUGGAAUGUCUUUGGAGCAACUGAAAAGAAAAAAAAUUAUACUUGAAAUCCAGUUGUUAACACAAAAGCUACAGUCACCAUAAAUGUUUUUUUUAAUGUAAGCUUUUGUUUUUUUUUAUCAAAAUCCUUAGUCCAUAAAAAAAUUAAAUACUUUUUUAAAAUAGCAUUUGUUUUAAUGAAAAUUUAAUGCAUUUUUGAUACAGAAAGCAAUUUUGAAAGCAUGAAAUGCUUAAAUAUUUAUUAUGUUUGAAGACACUUUUACAAUAUACAAUAAUAUAUAGAAUCUUCUAAAUCACCUUUUUUAACACAUGUAUGGACUUCAUUUUCAGUUGUAUAUUUUGUACAGUUGUGUCAGUAUUACUGACAAGUUUAAUUCUGUUUAAUAAUUUAGAAGUACGAUAAAAUGGUCUUCAUUUAAACAUUCAAUGUUAUUGUUCUUUAUUGUUGAAAGGUACAUACUUUUACAGUUCGAUAAUUAUAUUGUAUCACCAAAAUUGGUAACAAGUUUAUGCUAUUUUUUACUGUUAACUGCAAUGAUAAUUAACAUCAAAGAAAUCGUAAACAUUUAGAUGUUUGUAAACAAUGUACAUGGGUUGUUCACUCUAAUGUGUAUUUUGAUAUUAACUCUUAUGUCCAUAUUGAAAUUGUUAAGUCAUUAAUUUAAUUUGUUUUACCGUACCUUAGUUAAAAUAUGUUAGUGCUACAAAAUCCCUGUAUCGCUGAAAGAAGCUCAGGCACCUAGUCCCCCGAGUUAUAACUCGUAUUACCUGCUAUGUGGCAGGGGUAUCAUCGGGCGCCACCCGACUCUUUGUAGCUAGGUUCGGCUUAUAUCGGGCUUCUCCCCCCAUUUAAAGUUUAAAAAUCCGAGUGUCACUUGUGUUCGAAGGCACAGCACUUUAAAUUAACACACAUUUUUAAGACUUGUUUUGUCUUUAUCCAAUGUAAAAGAACAAACAUUUUAUAGACUUGUUUUGUCUUAAUCAGUUGUAAAUGGGCACACAUUUUUAAGACUUGUUUUGUCUCUUUCAGACGUUAAUGAACACACAUGUUAUAGACUUGUUUUGUCUUUAUCCAAUGUAAAAGAACAAACAUUUUAUAGACUUGUUUUGUCUUAAUCAGUUGUAAAUGGGCACACAUUUUUAAGACUUGUUUUGUCUCUUUCAGAUGUUAAUGAACACACAUGUUAUAGACUUGUUUUGUCUUUAUCCGAUGUAAAUGAACACACAUUUUAUAGACUUGUUUUGUCUAUGUGCGUACCUUAGUUAAAAUAUGUUAGUGCUACGAAAUCCCUGUAUCGCAGCCCAUUCUGAAUUCCUUGGUAAGGUACUUCCUGCUGCAUGUUGGCUGGUAUAUCAUCCCCAAUCAUUGGGAUGUUCAUUUCUUUGCAAAUGUUAUGCAACACUCCACAUGCCAUGAUAACUCUGUAAAAAUGACAUUGAACACUAUAUUACACAGUGUAUUAUGAUUAUGUUGUUAUUUUUAGUUCAAAUAAAUGUGAUGUUUAUGUUAAAUCAUCAUUUUUAUCAUUGUAAUUUUUUUGGCAACACAUAAAUGACUUACUGACAAGCCUUUUCAGGUUUCAAUCGAAUUUCCCCAUGCAGGACUCCCCAUCUUCUUUUCAGUUGGCCAAUUCCUCGUUCAACUUUGCACCUUGUUAUCUUGUGAGCUCUGUGAUAUCAAAUUUACAUUUAAUAAAUAUAGUUAAAUUAUUUUGCUGAUAUACUUUUUAAAUCACAAUCAGUGUGUGAUAUUAUUAUUGCAAUAUAUAAAAACUUUAUUUAUUAUUGUUUGUAUUGCUACACCACAUGAAAUAAAAACUUAUUUUAUGCCAUGGAUAUAGUUGUAAACAUACAUUCAAAAAGCACUAACCAUAACCUGAUAUUGUUUUAUUUCAAAAUGUAUCAUUCUAAUAUGUUCUCAUAGUUCUAAUAAAUAUUGUAGACAAUGAA